AGUACAGAAUCACCCAUGGUGAAUCGCUCGCGCUAUACAGCCUCUUCGGGUACACCGGUGAAUCUAAACAAUAGCAGUACAAAUAGCAGUACAACGGGCAGCAGCGGCUACUACUCUCGACCUUCACCGAGUUACACUUCUUCCUCCUCAGCUUCAACUGUUCUCUCGUCAUCUUCAGUCCCUCCUUCGGCUACCACUGGAGCUCUUGUUAAUCCACCACCCUCCUCGUAUGCUCGUGCUGCAACGCUGUCGCCAUACGAUUCAGUUCCAAGACAAUCUCAACCCCAAAAUCGUAGCCGUCGCCAACAAGAGGCCAUAUAUUUCCCCUAUCACUUCCGAUUCAAGCAAUGGGCAGUGGAACCGAAUUUAGAUUACAAGCGCCUCUAUGAAGCAGAAAAAGCGGAUAACAAGGAGUUGAAGAAUCAAAUCGAAAAGGCGCAAGCUGAACUUCUUGAAUUACGCACUAAAGUGGAUGAGGCUCGACGGAUGCCAGCGCAGCAACAACAAAGUUCACAGCGGAUCAACUACAAUGAAUCCGAUCAGAGGUUGCUAGAGGAGCUAAGAGCUGCGUCCGAAAAGUUGAAGGCAGAGCACCGUGCUCUAACUGGAGUAAUUACUCGCCUCAUGUGA